GUCCAGGGUGAGAGAAGAACUCUUUGUCAGUUAGAGGCCAGUGUGAAUGUUGUAGUUAAUCACCUCAAUUAGCAUUGAAUAGCUUCAUCUCCUGGCUUCCUGCCUGGGGGCAUCCUUUGUUCAGAGUCGUUAGCUGCCCUUGGUUCCCAUGUCUGUUUGCAGAGUGUUGCUUCUUAUUUACUGUUCUGAUUUUUGAGUUUUUUAAUACUGGUAGUCAGAUUUUGUUCAAUUUCAUGGUUUUCUCCUUUCUGUUGAAGUUGUCCACAUGCUUGUGGAUUUCAAUGGCUUCUCUGUGUAGUCUGACAUGAUAGUUUUUGGAGUGGUCGAGCAUUUCUGUGUUCUCAAAUAAUAUCCUGUGUCCAGGCUGGUUCAUCACAUGCUCUGCUAUGGCUGAUUUCUCUGGUUGAGUGAGUCUGCAGUGCCUUUCAUGUUUUUUGACUCGUCUUUGGGCAUUGCUGCGUUUGGUGGUCCCUAUGGAGACUUGUCCACAGCUGCAUGGGAUACGGUAGACUCCUCUUGUCUUUCGCUGACUGUAGCAUUUGUUGGAUUUUCUUUGUGGGUCUGUAGAUAGUUUGUAGGUUGUGCUUCUUCGUCAGUUUGCCUAUGCGGUCAGUGGUUCCCUUGAUGUCUGAUAAGAACACCUUUCCUCUGGGUGGAUCUUUGUCUUGACUCUCAUGGCUUAUUCUUGGCCUUGCAUCUCUUCUGAUGUCCAUGGUGGAAUCUCCAUUGGCCUGGAGAGCCCAGUUUAGGUGGUUUAGUUCACCUUGGAGGAGGUGAGGUUCGCAGAUUCUUUGUGCACAGUCUGUCAGGACUUUGAUUGUGUUUCUUUUUUGACUUGGGUGAUGGUUGGAGUUUUUAUGAAGGUAUCUAUUUGUGUAGGUUUUCUGUAAACUGUGCGGCCCAAUUGUUGAUUGGGUUUGAGGAUGACCAGAACAUCUAGAAAUGGCCGUUUUCCUUCUUUUUCUUUUUCCAUGGUGAAUUGGAUGUUUGGGUGGAUGCUGUUGAGGUGGUCCAGGAACAUGCUGAGUUCCUCUUCUCCAUGGCUCCAAAUGGUGAAGGUUUCAUCAACAUAUCUGAACCAUACAGUUGGCUUUUUUGGUGCUGUUUCUAGGACUUGUUUUUCAAAGUGUUCCAUAUAGAAAUUUGCUACUACUGGGCUGAGAGGGCUCAGUUCCAUAAUGCCUCUGGAACAUGGCCAUACAGCCCGGAAAACAUACAACAACCCUAUCGUCUCUCUCCUCUGCUGUGGCCAACACUUCUCUCUGAUCAUACACAGACUCGUCAAUGAAAAACCCAUCAUCCCGCUCAUCCUCUGAAUGCCCAGCAACUUGCUGCUGAAGCCCAACACCGACAUUCUCAGAGUCUUGAAAUAGAACCAGGUUGCAUUUCACAUAUAAAAUUCAAUCCGUUGCUCAAAAUUGUUAAAAUUUCCAUUUUGUAGAUAUCAGUUGUAGAAUUGGACAACAACAUGUUGAAUCACCAAGAAUACUAGCAGGCUGUUUUUUUUUUUAAUCUGAGUGAUCAUAAUUAAAAUCAAAAUUAAAUAUUUUGGAAAAAAUGCAUGGAUUGAAAUGGACAUUGAAUUUACUUGUCGGUUCUGAUUCUUGUGCUGAAUAACUGGUUUCCAUCCCAUCCCCUUCCUGUUUACAGACAGUUUGAAGCCAAAGGGAAAGAGAGAAAUGAGUAAAUACAGGGUGGAAUUCAAGGAAGGUUAAAAUAUGUAAAGCCGCUAAAUAGCUAUUGGCAGAAAAUUGUUCCAUCAAUGGGAUAUGGAAUUGAGAUACAGUUCACAGAGUAAGCUAAAAUUAAGUCCUCCGGCAAAAAAAAGAAAGAAAAGAAGAAGUCACCUCCUGUUAUUAACUUGUUACAGAAGUGAGUAUAAAAGGACAUCUUCAUCUCCCUGUUCUUCAGCAUCUUCUCUCGACUUGCAGUGUACAAUCAUUUCUGCUCAGCUUCCAUCACUUGAUUCAACUGGCAAUAUGUUUUGUGGAAACCCAUGUUAUAGACCCACUUGCACCAUCCCAUCCUGCUCCUCUGCCCCUGUCAUUCCUCUUGGGGGUUGUUAUGGUGGUAGUGCUGCACCUGCAAGCAGCCUUGGGAUCGUUCCCGGAGUCAAUCCUUCCUGCAUCAACCAGCUCCCACCCUCCGAAGUGGUGAUCCAGCCAUCUCCGACCAUUGUGACCAUUCCUGGACCCAUUCUCUCCGCCAGCUGCGAGCCCUUGGCCGUCGGAGGCUACACUCCUUGCGCUUCAGGAUCCGGAGGGUACCUUGGGUACGGCCGUGGUAGCUGCUGCCGGCCGAGACGCAGGUUUAGCAUCUGUGGAUCUCCGUGCUAAACCCAAGGAAACCCAACCCAACAAGGAUUUGACCACUGCAAUAUGAACGUUUGACAAAGUGUAUGGACUGGUCCUUCAGAACUACUGAGAACCUGUCGUUCUGAUGGACGUCCGUCAAAACAGGGAGGCACCUCUGAAAAUCAGGUUGAUUUAUUUCUAAGUGCUUUCCCUGACAUCUGUGCUUCCUUCUGCUGUGCCUCAGCACAUCUUUGCGGUAGCGCCUUGUUAAAAUCAUGAGUAGAGCAGCUCCAGUUUUAGCGUUUUUUCUACUCGAAGCUAAGAGGGAGAACUGUGUAGGGAAUCUUUUUGUUUUCAUGCUUUAACAAACCAUCAAUAAACUUUUCUUGCAUCAAA